GGCAGGGCGCAAGUUAUCAUGGAGGAUCAGUAGGCAACUUGCGGCCAGCAGAGAAGGGCAACUACCCCUCUGAUCCCCGGGACUUUUCUCAACUGUUCGGCGCUCAGUUCUAAACACCCACACGUCACAGUCAAACAUGGAUAUGAAGAAGAGGAUUACUUUAGAGCUGCGGAACCGGAGCCCAGCAGAGAUUGUGGAGUUGGUGGUGGACAACAGUCGGUCUGCUGAUGGAGAGGUAGAGGGUCUGACAGACGAGUUCACACAGCUCGAGUUUCUCAGCGUGGUCAACGUGGGUCUGAGCUCACUGGCGAAGCUGCCUUCACUGCCCAAACUACGUAAGUUGGAGCUGAGUGACAACAACCUAUCAGGGUCUUUGGAGAGCCUUGCACAGAAAUGUCCCAACCUGACCUACCUCAACCUGAGUGGGAACAAGAUCAAAGAGCUGAGCACGUUGGAGGCGCUGCAAAACCUGAAGAGCCUGCAGAGUCUAGACCUGUUUAACUGUGAGAUCACGUCUCUGGAGGACUACAGGGAGAGCGUGUUCGAGCUGCUCCCUCAGGUGACUUACCUGGACGGGUUCGACCAGGAGGACAACGAGGCUCCAGACUCCGAGGCCGAUGAUGAAGAUGAGGAUGGCGAGGACCGGGCGGGGCCAACUGGUGAUUAUGGGGAGGAGGAUGACGAAGAGGAAGAUGAGGAUGGCUCAGAGGGAAGAGAGGUGGGACUGAGCUUUCAGGUGAACCAGGCCAAUCAGGAAGAUUACGAGGAUGAGGAUGACUAUGCAGAGGAGGAAGAGGAGCAGCAGGGCGCUCAGGGACAGAAGAGGAAGAGAGACGUAGAUGACGAAGGCGAGGAAGACGAUGACGAUGAGGACAACUAGUCCUCCCUCUGGCCGUCGUCUGUGUGUCGUCCUGCCCCAUCUCAGUCCGUUUGGACCCAACCUCCACCAAACAGCAGCCGCGGUGCUGCGUCCCGAGAUAGUUGGUUUCAGUUUGUUAGAGAGUCACUUGUUUUUUAGAUAAAAUUAUAUUUACAGAGAAAGAGAUGUGAUGUGAACUUUACCUGUUGGUCCCAGCUGAAGACUCCACACGUUUCCCUUUAAAAAUCAGCUUCAGGGUCAAACUUGUGUUCGGUAAGCCCACAACCCGAACCCUGGUUCUUCACCCGAAGGCGUCGCUGGACAGCUGAAGUUCUGCUUCCACAGGCUGCCGCAGCUCGUGCAAAUAUCGCACUGCUCGUCACAGCUUCAAGCACAGAAAAUCAUCUAAAAAUGUUUCUCUCAGAUCUUCAGGGAAAACCUUUUGAACCCAGUGCAGACUCAAGAGCUGUUCAGUCCCAAAUUCAGACAAAAAGUGAGAGCUGGCCCAGAUUUCUCUGUUCCCGUCUAAAACUCCAGGUUGUCUCACGACAGAUGACCACAACAAAUAUCAGUACACAUGCUUUUAAAAGUGCGGUAAAGUUUUAUCCAUGUAGUUUAUUGGAGGAUGUACUAAACUUGAGCAGUUAUUUAUAUUUGCAGUUCAAUCUGCUUCUGAGGAAAAUCAUGUUUUUCUGUUGAAUCAUCUUAAAGUCCUCACAGUUUAAUUUGACUGCAGUCUGGGACUAAACAGGUCUUCACCUGCACUGUUUUCUAUUGGAUUCAUUUGUUAUUUAAUUCUAAAUCCACCGAGUUAUUCAUCUGUCCAGUAGACUGGAAACCUGCCAUUGCACAUUUAUUUUCCCCCUCGAGAUUGUGUAGAUCCUUUGAGGUUUUCCUGUUUCAGGUGAACGUGCAGAAAUUCCUGAGCUACAAACGUUAACAACAUUUAAAAAAUAAGACUAAGAGCUGAUUGUUACUGCAGCUGGUAUCGGUGUGUUUCCUCUGGUUCCCCCGUCAGAACCUCGGAGCCCUUCAGGGAAGUCAUCAGUCAUUUUUUCCCAUUUAGAACCACAUAGAUAAAACUAAAUCCUCUCCUUCACAGGUAGUAAAAGAUAGACCUGCUGUUCCUCAGGUCCACAGAAGCAGAUCCUGUUGUUCCAGUGUGUUUGACUUGUUUUUGUGAUAGCAAGAGAGUGGAAGGAAAUUUAGAUUUGUGGAUUUUACUUUGAUUUGUGUGUUUUAUGGUUUUGUUAAUGUGUUGUUUUUUUUUCUCGUUUUGGUUUAUGUGAUUAUAAAUCAGCAGCUGUUAAGAUUUUUAAAACGAGUGGCUUGUUUUUUAAUCUAUCAGAUCAUGUUGUCAUAGCUCAGGCUCCGCCCACUUCUGCUUCUCAUGCUCAGAUUUAAACAUCCUUGGUUCCUUUCCUCUCCUCCUCAGGCUCUCAGUGUUGUAAUCAGGAGGGGAGCCAUGAAGGAACACGGACCAAGAGUCAAACCAACACAUAUUUACUAGUUUCCAGCUCAGCCUGGAAAUGAUGGAAUAUUGUUGAAGUUUAUUCCAGGUCUGGAUAAGUUUAAGAAAUAAAUAUAUGUAUUUCCAGACUUUAUUCUGUAUUUCAUUUUUUAAAUGUUCCUUCCUUAUCUCCUUCGUUGUCUCCUUCCGUACAUAUUCCUUAUUUUAUUUCUACUCUUCUUGUUUCCUUCCCUUGUCCUUUUGUCUUUCCUGAUUCUUUUUCUUCCGUAUUCUCCUCAAUGAUUUCUUUCAUACUUUUUUGCUUCUUUCCUUUCUUUUUUCUCUUCCUUCCUGUCUUUAAUCCAACGUUGUUUAUAUCCCUCCUUCCUUUCUUGCUUGCUUCAUCCCUUCUUUCUUUCCUUCCUUCCCCUUAUUCUUUUUUCCUCCCUUCUCUGCUUACUUUUUUACGUCCUUAUUUGUUUUGUCCCUCCUUCCUCCCUCCCUUUCUUGCCUUUUUCUGUCAUUUGUUUCUUUCUUUCUUUGCUCUCUUCUUUGUUCUUUAUUUUCUUUUGUUCAUUAUUCUUUCCAUUGUUCCUUCCUUGUUCCCACCCCACCUCCUUACCUUGCUUACUUCCUUUCUAUCUGUCCUUGUCUCUAUUUUCCUUCCUUCCUUCCGGUUUUCUUGCAAGUUUUGUAUUUAACCUGCAAUAAACGCAAAGCAAAUUUUUAUUCUUUGGAAACAGGCCAGAAACAUAUGGAGAGCUCAGCUUAAUUAUGUCUGGAAAAGUCGAGUUUGGAUGUGAAAGAUGUGUAGGAAGCCUGGAUUUAACAAAGGGAGACAGCUUUGUUUUUUUAAACCAGUAUAAGUUCAACCUGCUGUUUGGCUUUCUGUCUGUCAUUUUGUUAUUUUUAUGAUCUCUGACAGAUCAGCAUUAACAGUGUUCAUUAAAAUCUAUUUAUUAUGA